UGUUGGUUGUUUCAGAGACAGAACAAGACAUUUAGAUAACCUAACUUUUCAAGAAAAAUAUAAUUUGUUUACGAUUUAAAUAAUUGGUUUUAAUCUUAGAAGUUUUAAUACGAUUCAAUAUUUCUUUACUAGAACAUUAAUACAUUUUGUUUAUUAAGUGUUCAACUGGCAUUAAGUAUACAUGUUUUUAUUCAAGUCGGUAAGGUUGUUACGAGUACUAAGGGGAGCUAGAAAUAACGCCAUUUCUAUAAAAAAAUAUGGUAUAAUUCAUAAUAAUGAAAUCGAUCUAAAAGUUAAUGGAAUCUCUUUGAACAACUACAUCAAAAAAUUACAAUUAGAAUUUGAUAUAUUGAAUAGAGAUGGUAUCAACAAUGAAAGAAAAAAUGAAUUGCUACCUAUAAUACAAAUAUUAAACAAACGUCAAUUGUUGGUCAAUAAUAUCAAUAGCUUAGAAGAUCUUUUUAAGGAUAAUGAUACCGAUAUCAGGAAACUAGCCAAAGAAGAAAAGCAUAAUUAUGAAAAGAUGUUGGAACAACUGGAUAAACAGUUAUUACAGAAUUUAUUACCCACAGAUAGAGAAGAUUUUUACAACUCAAUUGUUUUAGAAGUACAAGCAGGUGUUGGAGGACAAGAAGCUAUGUUAUUCGCUAAAGAAAUGUUUGAUAUGUAUUGUCAUUUUAUAGAUUAUAAAGGUUGGAGUUAUGAAUUGGCGGAAUAUGCAGAAACAGAUCUUGGUGGAAUACGUUUUGCAUCAGCACUAGUAAAUGGUGAUUCGGUGUUUCGUUACUUUAAACACGAAGCUGGUGUGCAUAGAGUUCAGAGAACACCUACUACCGAAAAAGGCGGAAGAAUACACACAAGUACAAUCUCAGUGAUAGCACUUCCUCAACCUUCUGAUAUAGAUAUAAAUAUAAAUCCUAGUGAUUUGAAGAUAGAAACAAAAAGGGCUUCGGGAGCUGGAGGACAACAUGUUAAUAAAACAGAAAGUGCAGUGAGAAUUGUUCAUUUGCCAUCUGGAAUAUCUGUAGAAUGUCAAGUUGAUAGAUCACAAAUCAAAAAUAGGAAACUAGCAAUGGCUAAAUUGAGAGCCAUACUUUAUCAAAGGGAAGUGGAUAUGCAAAGCAACAAAAUAGAAGCUGCUAAAAAAAGUCAAGUCAAGACAAGAAAUAGAAAUGAAAAAAUUAGAACUUACAAUUUUAAUCAGGAUCGAAUCACUGAUCAUAGACUAGGUAUCAAUGUACAUAAUUUAAAAGUAUUUUUUGAAGGCGGUGCACCAUUAGACAAUUUAAUAAAUGAAUUAGAAAAUCAUCAUGCUGUUAAUAAUUUGUUAAAUAUUGUAAAUGAAGAAACAUAAUAAAACUAGAUAAUAAGGA